AAAUGUCAUUUUUAUAACUAAUUUUUCAAUUUUUAUACGUUACCGAGUGCGCGCUUUGUUAUUUACGAUCGGGCGUGAUUUUUGGUAUUGAUUGCGGCAGUGUGCGUGUAGCGAUGUGGUUACCGGGGACCUAUAACCUAAGCGGCGCGGCGAUGUCCGUCACGUAACAUCGAACGGUGUGUGGUGUGCGGUGAUGGUGAGACGGAGCGCGAUGGUGCUGAGUACCGAGUGGGCGCAAGUGGAAGUGGUCGAGCUCACCAACGACGGCAACGGCCUCGGAUUCAACCUAGUCGGCGGCAGGAGCACGGGCGUAGUGAUAAAGUACGUGCUGCCCGGCGGCGCGGCGGACAAGGACGGACGGCUUCAGAGCGGCGAUCAUGUGCUGCAGGUGGGCUCAGUGAACCUGCGCGGCUUCACCUCGGAGCAGGUUGCGGCGGUGCUGCGACAGGCCGGCCCAGCGGUGCGCCUGUUAGUGGCGCGGCCUGCGGACCCCGCAGCGGCGUUGCGCGCACCCAUCCCAGGCACGGCGCUCGUGCCUACCAAGAUCCUCGCCGACCCUGAACUACUCGAUCGCCACCUCAUCGAAACCGGCUACGGCGCAGUUUACGACUUGUCUCAGUGCUAUGGUGACUAUAUUAAUGGACAGAAUGGUGACACUGAAAAUAGUCUAGUCGCUGCAGCGGUGAGCGUCAUUGGAGACAACCCUCAGCAGAUACCGGACCACCCCAUCAUAUCAGAUGCGAUCUCUCCCACCAUCACUAUAACAGUCCCAGUAGAGUUGCCCAGCCUUCCUGAAAUCGAAAUUGUGCAUGUGGAUUUGAACAAGAAUGUGUAUGGACUUGGCAUCACAGUAGCGGGAUAUGUGUGUGAAAAAGAGGAACUUUCCGGAAUCUUUGUGAAAAGUAUUAUAGAAGGCAGCAGUGCAGAACAGAGUGGUCAGAUCAAACUCAACGACAGGAUCAUUGAGGUGGACGGUGUGUCUUUAGCAGACAAGAGCAAUCCUCAGGCAGUUGAGAUCUUGAGGAACACUGGUAUAUCAGUCCAUUUAGUUUUAGAGAGAUACCUGAGAGGUCCCAAGUAUGAGCAUCUCCAGCUAGCUAUAUUUAACGACGAGCGUCCAACAUCACCUUCUCCAUCAGCUACUACUUUAUCCUGGUUCCCAGUGCCUUCCCAAGCUGAAAAUAGUACCUCAGAAAUAGAACCUGAACCAGAAUCUAACACUACUAUUGAUUCUAGUGUGUUAGAAGUUGGGGAUUACCACGAGCCAACUCAAAAAGAAUUAGACGAAAGAUUUGAUGAAAUUUUAGCAGUUGAUGAAGAGGAGGUUAAGAGCAAGUGGAAAGGAGAACUUGGUCCUGAUAAGGAGAUAAUUAUUGCUGAAGUUAACAGAUUGGAAGGUUUGGGGAUCAGUCUUGAAGGUACAGUUGAUGUAGAAGGUGGGCAAGAAGUCAGACCUCAUCAUUACAUCAGGUCAGUCCUUCCUGAUGGUCCUGUAGGCCUGCAGGGUACCCUGACUGCAGGGGAUGAGUUGUUAGAAGCCAACGAAUUUAGACUUCAUGGUCUAACACACACUGAAGUUGUAAACAUACUAAAGCAUCUUCCAAACAGAGUGCGUUUAGUCUGUGCUCGAAGCAGCACAGAGAGUGGCCCUCGACCUGUGGUUAAUUUAGCACCAGAUCGAGAAGGUUUUGAAGCCAGGAAAAUUAUAUCCGGUAGCCUCAACAACCUGACAACACUAGUCAAGGCACAGUCAGAUACCUCUAUAAACACAUCUAGCACUGCGACCCUGACCAAUCAUUCAGAUCAGUCCAAAAAGUCGCGUUCUCUAGAGUGUGUAACUGGUUUGGCCAUGUGGCAGGACAAGGAAGAGAUAGUGGAGCUUGUGAAGGGGGACCAGGGCCUGGGUUUCUCUAUACUUGACUAUCAGGAUCCUGUUGAUCCCCACGGAACAGUCAUAGUAGUUAGAAGUUUAGUCCCUGGAGGGGUAGCUGAAAGGAAUGGUGAAAUAUCCCCAGGAGAUAGAGUAGUGUCAGUUAACGGAGCUAGUAUUAAAAAUGCCACAUUAGAUCAAGCUGUUCAAGCUCUAAAAGGUGCCCCGAGGGGCGUGGUGAGGGUCGGAAUCGCGCGACCCCUCCCUCCGCACGACACCAAGUCCAAAAGCACGACAACCUUGAACAAAAGCUAAUCCACCCUUGUGGUUACAACAUUACUAGUCAAAUGAAGUCAUAUCUGUAUGAUAAGAGUUGAGCUCGGCAGUCCAUCGGCAGGAGGCACGGUGUAGGAGUAGUUGAUACACCUCGGACAGAGCUUCAAUAUGAUACAAUAAUAAAUUUACGCUUUACUAGUUAACAUAGAGUAUUUAGUGUGUAAGGACACGUCACAUUUUUUACUGCACAUUUUAUUACAUUUGGUGUACUUUGAUUCCUUGUAGAAUUUUAUUUAAUCUAAUUGAUAUUUUUUUUAAAUUAACAAGAAUAAUAUUUUGCUGAGAAUAAAAUUUGAUGCCAGACAUUUUAUUAUAAAUAUAAUGCCUAUUAAAUAUUUAUUUAGAAAUAUAAUUAGUUGAAGAGCUUCUCAAUCUCUAUUAUUUCUAGCCAGAGUUAUUUAUUUACAAAAAAGAAAUAUGCUUUUAUAUGGCAGGUGGUUUUAACUUCUUUAGGAAGUUGCACACUUGAAAACCUUCCUAUAAUUAAAUUUUUUUCAUUAUAGAUUACAUCUGCAAGAGCCCAUAAAAAGGAAAUUUCCCAUCAAGAUUUUCUGUUUGACAAAAUAAAUGACUAAAUAAAAAUACUAAAUAAAAUAACUGUUUUGAAAUUGAAAAUUUGACAAUUUGAAAUUUUAAUUUAAAAAAACAGGUGUGGAUGCAGGAUAAUAAUUGGGGGGUCAUAUAAUAUUAUGAAUUCGUUCUUUUUUUGGUUUUGAUUUAGCAAUAUAACAUGAUUAAUGCAUUUAAAAUGUUUUACAUUUAAUCAUAACUCCAUAUUAAGUAUUUACUAUUUCCUAGAGUUUAGAUUCAUCAAAAAUAUCCACAGAAAGUUAUUUUAUUUAUAUUAUGUAAAAGCAAUGCAUUUACAUAUAUUAUUACUUAUUCUAUUUUUUUAUUUCCUUAUACAAUAUACACGCUUCAUGUGCUACAAUAAAUCAAAGUAUCCUCAUAAGUAUUACAUUAUUCCUUAUAUUAAGAUAUAAUUUUUAUAAACAGUAAUAUCACAACCCUGUAGAUAUUAACCUAAGGGAGCAAUUAUAAAUGUAAUGUACAUAAACAUUUUUAAAUCUCACAACAUAAUGUAAGUUGUAUUAAGGAUUUAAAUAUAAAUAAGUUCUUGCCGUUACACUAACAUGUACAGAUCUUAUGGUGUUUUGUUUUUAUCUUUAUAAGGUUAUGCUUAAGUAGAUGUAAUGUGACGUUAAAUAAGGGUGCUAUAAGUAAUUCAUCCCUUGUUAUUUUUUUAAUUUGUUUCCUAGGUGAUUAUUUACACAAAACCUUUUUAGAUGUUACAGUAUAGUAGAAAUAUUAGUGAGCACAUGCGAAGGUUUGUUAUAAGGUUGUUGAGGAAGUGGUUGCUGUACUAUAUUUAGCCGUUAGUCUGACAGGUCUACCAAGUUUCUUAGUUUACUCAGCAACUUCCACUAUCAAAUUAGUUCAUAUUGUCAAACAUUGUCAGUUUAUGAAUGUUGUGAACAGUUUUAGUAUAGAUUGCAAAUUGUAUAGUUUUCCUUUACUUUCGUUAUCUAAUAGUCUGGAAUAUUGCCUAUUUCCAUGCAUACAUUUUUAAAUAAAUUUUCGGAAAAGUAUAUUUCGUUACGUACUGAAUAUUUGUGUUAAAAAUUUCUUAGCUAUUAAUCAUUAUCAAUGGAACUUAAAUAUGAGAAGGAUAUUUGUAAGAAAUUCAUUUAUCAAAUCUGGCUGUGGCAACUACACUAGUUAAUAUAGUGCAGUGAUGUAGCGAAUGGCACCAUUAACAUUUAAAACAAAGAUAUUAUGUGUAGCAUUUGGUUACCUCGCUUUAUCGUAUACAACGAUAGCAAUUACCCUGUUAGAAUUUGUUGUAUGCUACACUACUUUUUGCUAUUGUUGUAAUUAGAAAAUUACUUAGGCAUUUGCUACGUCACUGAUAGAAAAUUGUAUAUUACUAUAAAUCGAUGGCUUCCACGCAUUCAGUCGUAUAUCAUAGAGAUAUGAUUUUACAAGAGACCUUUUCUUAUGAUUUAAUGAACAUUAUGCUUUUGGUAAAUUUAUAAACAUUUUUCAAUGAUGUUUUUGGAUUAUAUAUUAUUUAAAAGCAUAGGUAGUUGAUUUUUUAAAUUUACUAAAAGUAUAGUAUUAGAACAAGUUUUCUAUAAGAUCAUACUGUUUUAGUUACGACUAAAUGCAUGGGAUUCAUCGAAAUACAUAGAGUCGUAUAUUAGGUGUAAAGAUGACCAAACAACUUAGUUAAAUCAUUGAUGUUCACCUAAAUAUCAUACUUUCAAACCAGCACUCAUAAUGUAACCUUAUGGCCUUGUAGAAAUAACUUCGAAAUUCGUAGGUAUAGUAACCGCUUAUUUUUUACACGUAAUUCUAAAAUCUAUGUAAUAUAAACACGAAUAUGAUAUAAUGUCACAAAUACGAGUAUUUAGUGAUAUAUUUGCAAUGUAAAUAUUAUCUAUAUUGACCCACCAAUACGUAACCCUAGUACGAAUCUGUACGCAGGAACCAAAAAGUAUUAUUGAGAGUAACUAUAAGAAAAUUUAAAACGUUUUUAACUACGAUCUUCAGUUGUACAAAGUGAUCUAAGCAUUUUUUCUAUUUAUUAAUAUUAUUAUUUUUGGAACGUAACGGUGAAUCAAAUAUAAAUUGAAUGAAAAUGAAAACAUUUUUACAAAUUCCGAGUAUUAUCCGCGCCGUGUUUGAAAUAUAGGAUUUAGUUAAAUUUAAAAAUGUUUAUUUAUGUUCGAAAAGGAUAUUAGAUAUUAUGUUGUAUUAGCUAUAUUUGAUUGUUGUAUGCAUAGCUUGUAUAACAUUGCUUUAAUUUUAUUAGUGAUAAUGCGCUGCUGUUUUGUGAUACUAAUGUCUAUUUCUCCAACAUUUUCAUACUUAAGUUAAUCUCGGACGCGCUACAAAGCGACGCGACGCUACGUCAGCUGAUUUUGCGUUACAUCAUCGCACUGGUUAAUGUGUUUUGACUCUAAAGUUGAUUAAUAAUUUCUUCAUAAUUUUUUUUUUUUAUUUAUGGCUGAUUCAUUUUAUUCUUAGUUUAUUAACGUUGCAUUUUUUAUGAUAGCAUGUCAGAAAUAUAACUAUAUUAAAAAAAAUAUAUAAUUUUUUAAAUAAAUAAUGUAAUAUGUUUUAUUCGGAGCAAUAAUCUCAAAAUUUAAUAUUUGUGUAAAGGAAUUUAAAUCUCGACCAAUGCUAGGCGUUCGCCAUAGUUGCAUCACAACUAUUCAAAGUUGGUCCAAACAACGACGACUGGCAGGUAAUUUUAUCUAAUCUCUUACAAAUGUAUGGCAAGCGAACCAGAAUAUUGCAGGACUGAUUUUUUACCGUCGAGGCUAUGCCUGUCUUUCCAAUUCUUAUAUAAAUGUGAACUAUAGCAGUAUUUUAAUUUGCAGCCGUUAAAUAUACUAAGGUUUCAGUGGUGUAUAAGUGUUUCAUGUCAAAUUUUAUUCCUGUAAUUAAGAAUUGUAUAUUUAUAUUUUUAUUAGGUAAUUUAUUAAAACCGGCCGCUGCCAUUCUCUUGAUUGUCGAUAACCAUUACGUCUGUUUACGGGAUUUUGGACUAUAUGUACUUAGGUUCUUGAGAAAAUUUACCAUGCCAGGAUAAAAAUCCUGAAACUACAGACCAGUUUGUUUAAUGUCUGCAUAUUGUAAAAUACUUCACACACUGCCCAAAAUAGCAAUUCAGCGGGGACGGAUGUCGGAGGGGGGGUCAUUUUAGUAAACCACCUGAAUUCGGGACUGGGUAAUGUACCACCUAAAAAAUAUGUAAUCCGUCUCUGUAAAAACUCCGAAGAGUCAAUUCAUGAGAUAUGUAAUAAAGGCUAUUUGAUAUACGCGACAUUAGCUGCCCGUGCGCAUAGUGAAAUAUUGUGUAGGCUUUUUUUAUCAUUAAUUAGGUCUACAAAACUGUUUUUUAAUAUUAAUAUUACUUUUCUUAAGCAAAGAUCAUUCUGUUUAUGCCGCCCUGAAAGCAGUGCGUGCGGAUGCCUAUCUAAAAAAGGUCACCUAUUGCAAUUAGGCCGCUGUCGCCUGUAGAGUGCGGCCUAUACGGCCUAUUACCAAAUACAGCACCCAGGAUUAUUUUCGCAAUUAAUUGUCAAGCAGAACUUUGCUAAUGGACAACUUUGCGUGGUUGCAUACUCGAAGGAUGUCGUGCUGUGUAUAUUUAUAUCCAUAAUGGCGGCGAAUGUCGCGUGUAUUUGUAAUAGCCUUAGAUUAUUAUAGUCAUGUUACAUCUUCCGCUCAGUCAGACUGAAAUAGAUGUUAAAUAGACCCAGAUAUUGUGACAGAUUCAAACGGAUUGCGGAAUGUAUACUGGAAACAUAAGGACUUGUAAAUACAUUUUGAUUAGCAUCUAUAUGAAAAUUAUUUUCUGAAUAAACUAAUGUUUAUGAUUUGUUAAUUAUAUUCUGAAAAUUUGUAGCAAAAUGUUUGAUAUGUCCAGUGGCGGAUACAGAAAUUACUAUUAAGAAGGUAGAAAAAGUGAUUUUAGUCUGUGGAAAUCUGAAGGUAGACGCCCAGAACUGCAAUUUUUAUUCAACCGAUCACCUGCUAAGAUUUUGAUGAUACUAAUUCCAGCUUUCUAGUAUACGCUAUUGUUGACAUCAGUUUGAAUCUGUCACGUGUCUAGUUUGAACCUAAUUGUUAUAAUAAUAAAACGUUAAACAGUAUAAAUAUUGGGUGUUAAGUUUGCAGCACUGUAACAUACGUAUUAACUACACUUAUUAGAUAUACACUCGAAAAUGUAAUGUCAUAAAGAAAAUAAUAAAAUAUAAACAGAUUA